CCUUCUCUGUAAGCCAGGACGGUAACUCGCCUGGACCUUUUCGAAGGUGUCCACACCAGGGUGCAGCCUGGCGUGCAGAAAGCACUCUUAGGAGCUGCUGUGACUUUCUUUUGGGCUAAGUACCUUCUAGGUUCCCGGUCAUGAAACGUGUGCGAACGGAGCAGCUCCAGACGGCAGUGUCCUGCUACCUCAAACGCCGGCAGUACGUGGACUCCGAUGGCCCCCUGAAACAAAGCCUGCGGCUGUCACAGAGUGCAGAGGAGAUGGCGGCCAACCUCUCAGUCCAGUCUGAAUCUGGUUGUGUCAACAUAGUGUCUGCAGCCCCUUGCCAGGCAGAGCCCCAGCAGUAUGAAGUACAGUUCGGACGGCUGAGGAAUUUUCUCACUGAUUCUGAUUCCCAGCACAGCCAUGAAGUGAUGCCCCUCCUCUACCCCCUCUUCGUCUACCUCCAUCUCAACCUGGUCCAGAACAGCCCUAAGAGCACGGUGGAGAGUUUCUACAGCCGCUUUCAUGGGAUGUUCCUGCAGAACGCAGGCCAGAAAGAGGUUAUUGAGCAGCUGCAGACCACACGGACGGUCCAGGACGUCCUGUCCGACUCCAGGCUCCGCGCAUUCCUGGACAACAAGUACGUGGUCCGCCUGCCGGAAGACAGCUACAACUACCUGGUGCGCUACCUCCAGAGCGACAACAACACCGCACUGUGCAGGGUGCUGGCCGUCCACAUCCACCUGGAUGUGCAACCUGCCAAGAGGACAGACUACCAGCUCUAUGCCAGUGGCGGCCCCCGUGGUGAGAGCGGUAGCCUGGAGCCCCCAGAUGUGCCCAGCCCUCUCUUACAGAAUGAGGCCGCCCUGGAGGUCCUGCAGGACAGCAUUAAGCGUGUGAAGGACGGGCCUCCCUCCCUCACCACCAUCUGCUUCUAUGCCUUCUACAACACGGAGCAACUGCUCAACACCGCUGAGGUCUCCCCCGACAGCAGGCUGCUGGCUGCCGGGUUUGACAACUCCUGCAUCAAGCUCUGGAGUCUACGGUCCAAGAAGUUGAAGGCGGAGCCCCACCAGGUGGACACAUCUCGUAUCCGCCUGGCUUGUGACACUCUGGAGGAGGAGGACACUGAGGACGAUGGCAUGGGCACAGAGAUGAAGACGCUGCGGGGCCACUGCGGACCUGUAUACAGCACGCGCUUCCUCGCAGAUGGCUCAGGGCUGCUCUCUUGCUCUGAAGAUAUGUCCAUCCGAUACUGGGACCUGGGCAGCUUCAGCAACACUGUGCUGUACCAAGGGCAUGCCUACCCGGUGUGGGACUUAGACGUCAGCCCCUACAGCCUGUACUUUGCCAGUGGGUCCCACGACCGCACCGCCAGGCUGUGGUCACUGGAUCGGACGUACCCCCUGAGGAUAUACGCAGGUCACCUGGCAGAUGUGGACUGUGUCAAGUUCCACCCGAACUCCAACUACCUGGCCACAGGCUCCACCGACAAAACUGUCCGGCUGUGGAGCGCCCAGCAGGGGAACUCUGUGCGGCUCUUCACAGGCCACCGCGGGCCCGUGCUGGCUGUUGCCUUCUCUCCCAACGGGAAGUACUUGGCCUCUGCAGGCGAGGACCAGMGGUUGAAGCUGUGGGACUUGGCCUCCGGGACCCUCUUCAAGGAGCUGAGAGGCCACACGGACAGCAUCACCAGCCUCGCCUUCAGCCCAGACAGCGGCCUGGUGGCCUCUGCCUCCAUGGACAACUCUGUGCGCGUCUGGGACAUCAGGAGCGCCUGCGGCAGUGCGCCUGCCGACGGCUCCUCCAGUGAGCUGGUGGGUGUGUACACGGGGCCCAUGAGCAGUGUCCUGGGUGUGCAGUUCAUGGCCUGCAACCUCCUCCUGGUGACGGGGAUCACACAGGAAAAUCAGGAGCAUUAGCCUUUUACCUUGGUUAGGGUGAACUGAGCCGUGGCAGAGGCCUCUGGCUGCAGCAGUGGACAUGUGGAGACCGAAUCACUGAUGGACUGUGACAGAGCCCCUCCCUUCCUGCUGGGCCCCUACCACGCUGCAGGCCCAUGGGGCUCAUGGGGGGGCAGAGCAUUGGUGCCCGAGUGUGGGCUGAGGACUGGCCCGCUCCCAGGGCGGCUGCUGGCCUUGAGGACCCCCAGGACCUCCUGCACCUCCCUCUCCUCCCUGACUGACCUGCCUUCUCCUGCCUGCAGGCUGCAGAGUGCCCACAGCAGCGGCACAGUGUCACUUGAGCUACCCCUCGCUUCUCGGGGGCUCCUUUUGGAGACUGGGGUGGGGCCUGGGGAGGGCUUAUCCUGGCAGAGUCUUUCCUUUUCCUUCAUGACAGAGAACCAGGAUUUUUUUUAUUAUUGUUAUUAUAAUUAUUAUUAUUAUUAUUAUUAUUAUUGAGAAGAGGAAACUAGCACUGGCAGAGGGGCCCUUCUCUGCUUUUAUCUUUCAGGUUUGACUCUUAGCACAGGCUGUGAUUCUGGAAUUUUAAGGUUCAGGGAACUCAGAGAAGCUGGCAGCACAGUGUGUCGGGAGAAGGGAAGUCUCUGUGUGGCCUGGUGGUGCCAGGGACCCAUUUCUGGAAGCAGGUGAGGGCGCUGAGCGCUGGCUCUGUAGUGGCCCUGGGAAGGGAAAGUCCUUUUCUCAGCUGCACUUUUGUCAGAAAUUCU